AUGUUACCUGAAGAUGACCAUAACCAUCAAUAUAAAAAUGUUGUAAGUCCUGAGAACUACAACAGUGACCUUCUUGGAGAUGUAUUGGUGAUUCACCUGUUGCGUGACCCUCUCUCUCUGUUCAACAUUUCCUGUUACUUGGAAGAUAUUUAUGAUCUUGGCGUCUUUCAAAUGGAUCACCUCACCAUUGAUAAGCGAAGGUUUGACAAUUUUAAGCAGAGCGUCUUCAAGCUUAGUGGCCUCUUCAGCAGCAUAUCAGCUUUGGUUUUUGAAAUAGCCAUUGCCAGCAACCAAUACUGGCGCCUAUGGAAAUUUGAUGACAAAGUUGUGCAGUUUGUGUCCUUUGGCCUCUGGGAAGCUUAUUACCCACAAGAGUUUAAUGUCUCAGGGACCCUAAUCAAGACGCUGGUGCACACCCCUAUCGAUUCAACUUGGAAACUUUCACCUGAAUUUCAGUAUGCACGGAUCCUGUUAAUUUGGGCAAUUUUGAUGAAGCCUGUGGUUCUGAUUUUUAGUGCAAUGGCCUUUAAGAUCAGCUGUAUGAAGAACCCAUUUGUUGAGAUGCAGAUAUAUUGUUAUAAGGUCUCUGCCUUGUUUUUAUGUGUUAGCAGCCUCUUUUCAUUUGUUUCUGUGAGCUGGAACCACGCAGUUGAUUUUUAUGGCCAAACCACUAUUGAUUUUCCACCCGAUUUUCCUGUUAAGAAAGAAGCCUUAAGAAGCAAACACUUUACUGCUGUGUUUCCAGCAGGAGUCCUGACAGCCACCAUGUCACUCUUUGGUGUGAUCAUGUUUCUUUCUGAGAUAAGAUCUUUGAAUCUUCAGAGACAGUUGAAGGCCAAGUGUGCUUACAAAAUACUUUCGAGGAAAACUCCAACACAAGGAGGCAAAGUGCACUCAGAAAAACACAGGAAAUAG